AUGGACUUCUUCCGCCAGCUGGGCGAGCGCCACGAGGCGCUCAAGAAGAAGAUCCACAGCACGCGCAUCCCUCUGUCCAAGAACGGCCAGCGCUUUAUGGGGCUCGUCUACUUCACGACGCCCAUCGUCGGUGGCUACUACGUCAUGAAGUGGGCGGAGCGCCGCGCCGACGCCAACUUCCAGCGUGAGGAGACCGUGAUCCGCCGAGCCGCCGGCAGCAACGCCAAGUACGUGGCCCAGCAGAACCAGCAGCUCAAGAGAAUGCUGCAGGAGAAGCAGGAGUGA